AUGUUAAUACCACUGGUAAUUGCACUUUUGGGCGCAUGUAGUGCUGAAUGGUACGUGGACUUGGAGUAUUCAUUGAAUAGAUUGAAGGACGUCUAUCCGCUGGGCAAAAUUGAUUUGCGGCGGUCUUUUGAUGGCAACUGGACAGGACUAUUCCAAGCUGCACCAGGCUCACGUUUAUCUGAAAGAAUGAACACUGAUCCUGCAUCAGAUUACGUGGUAUUAGCUAGGAGUUCUACUCAUCAAAAAGAUCAGCUAUUAUCAACUAGUAAAACGUGUCUACUUCUUCAAUCUAAAUUGUUCCAUGUAUUCUGGUUAUCAAUUGAUACGGAACGCCAACUUCUUCACUCCAUUACCGUCUUUCCGGACUCACUGGCUGCUGGAGACACACCAUUAGAUUCGAAUGCGCUUUGUGCAGAACAAACUGUUGCCAUAACUACACAGCCAAAUGCUGUUGUACAUAUUACAGCAAAAGGCGUGCUUCCGACGCCUGAUACACAGUUAUUUGUGCAAAUGAUGGAAAAAGAGCGAAGAGCGCGACAGCAUGGUGCAGAAUCGGAUGACCGUAGCUUUUUAGCCAAAUAUUGGAUGUAUAUUGUUCCCGUUGUGAUCUUCGUUGUUAUAUCGAACGCAAUGACACCAGAAGGUGGAGGAGAAGGACAAUAA